AAGGCCUCUUUGCCCAGUAAAUUAGACAGCGUGGGUCAGAAGGUGAUUUGAGUCGAACUGGCCCAGGUUGUUUGGUGUAGAGUCGUUUUACUUUUCAGUCCUUCGCCAUCUCGCAUCUCAGAGUCUGAAGCAGCUACCGGAGAGAGAGAGAGAGAGAGAGAGAGAGAGAGAGAGAGAUCACAGUAAGAAAAAGGAAAAACAGAAUCAAUCGUGGAUCGUUUGCAGAGGUAAAGGAAUCGAGAAGAGAAGGAGUGACCGAAGAUGUUACCCACAGCUUCCAAAGGACGUUCUUCUUCCUCCUCCUCCUCUCGACCUAAUAACCCCAUGUUGCUUCCCUACCUCCGCAGAAUCAUCAAGUGGCAACAAAUGGAUAUUGAAUAUACUUUUUGGCAAAUGUUUCAUCUAUGUACGUCACCGAAAGUUGUCUAUCAGCAUACUAAAUAUCACAAACAAACCAAGAAUCAAUGGGCACGUGAUGACCCUGCAUUUGUUGUGAUCUGCAGUCUUCUUUUGGCAGUUGCAACUUUGGCAUAUUGUGCAGCGUAUGACCAUAGUACUGCACAUGCACUUCUUGUUGUCUUUUCCGUGUUGCUUUUCCACUUUUUAUUGACUGGUGUAUUUCUGGCAACUUUUUGUUGGUUCCUGACUAAUGCUUAUCUUCGAGAAGAGGCUCCAAAUAGUUAUGUGGUUGAACAGCGUGUUGAAUGGAUGUAUGCAUUUGAUGUGCACUGCAACUCUUUCUUCCCAAUGUUUGUUUUGCUAUAUGUGAUCCAUUAUUUUCUAUCUCCUCUGUUGGUGGCUCAUGGUUUCAUUCCAGUAUUAUUGUCAAAUCUUUUGUUCAUGGUGGGAGCUUCAUACUAUCAUUAUCUAAAUUUCUUAGGUUAUGAUGUUCUGCCCUUUUUGGAGAGAACAACCUUCUUCCUGUAUCCAAUUGGCAUCGUAAUUGUGCUUUCUCCCAUUUUGAUUUUGAGUGGCUUCAAUCCUUCUAGAUACUUUAUGAACAUAUACUUCAGCCAUCAUAUAUGAGCUUUCCAGCUAAAACUUUUGACCUAUCAACGUCCGUGAGGUUAUAGAGUAUUGAGAGACCACAACAUGAGAAGGCUUUAAUGAAUGUUUGUUUGUUUGUUUGAAGAAUGCAAUGGCCCAGCAACGGUUCCUUUUAGGCCUUCUACUACUACUACUACUACCGAUCGAAGUUUGACUGUAGCAAGCCAGGGUAGUCAAUGUAUUUUUUACAACUAUUAAAUAGAAUAUUUGGUCAAAUCAAUAUACUCAUUGUAAUGAAUUUUCUUUGUCAAUCUGAUAGCUUUCUUCCCGACAAAGAACAAUUUCUAUUGAAUAUAUUCUUUCAUGAGGCUCGAUAUGCUCUCCGAUUGAAUGGUUGUUUCCUC